UGGUGAGACGCCGCACGCCAGACCAUUACUUCCUUUUGCGGGUUGGCGGGGAGUGAGGCGGCAGCACCAUGAAGGCCUCGGGCACCCUGAGAGAGUAUAAGGUAGUUGGACGCUGCCUGCCUACUCCCAAGAGUCCAGUGCCGCCUCUUUAUCGGAUGCGGAUCUUUGCUCCUAACCAUGUUGUAGCAAAGUCCCGAUUCUGGUACUUCGUUUCUCAGUUGAAAAAGAUGAAGAAGUCUUCUGGAGAAAUUGUAUACUGUGGACAGGUCUUUGAAAAGUCCCCUCUUAGAGUGAAAAAUUUUGGCAUCUGGCUGCGCUACGAUUCCAGGAGUGGGACCCACAACAUGUACAGGGAGUACAGGGACCUGACCACCGCUGGUGCUGUCACUCAGUGCUACCGAGAUAUGGGAGCCCGUCACCGUGCCCGGGCUCACUCUAUCCAGAUCAUGAAAGUGGAAGAAAUUCCUGCCAGCAAGUGCCGCCGGCCCGCAGUCAAGCAGUUUCACGAUUCCAAAAUCAAGUUCCCUCUGCCCCACAGAGUGCUACGGCGCCAGCACAAACCACGCUUUACUACCAAGAGACCCAACACCUUCUUCUAAGUACAGAGACAAGGAGGCACCUGUUUUAUUUGACCCGUUUAAAUAAAUUUCUCAAUUGGAAACC